ACUGCAUAUACUAUAGCUGAGUACGAGUCGUUUGAUUGUAUCAAGGCUUCCAGGCACAACACGCGACGAGAUGCAGCUUAUCCACUAACCAUCCCGCGGAGCUCUCGUAGUUGUUGACUCGACAUAGCUACAUAGUCAUCUCAGCUCAACACGGCCACGUGGGUCAUCAAACCAGACAAUGUCGCCAAAGAGCCGAGGAUCGUUGCAGUGGUGGUUUGCGAAGUCGGCACAAUUCCAAGCCUCGCGGUUCUCGACGUGUUGUAGGCGUCAGUGCGUGCCUCGGGACAUUCACUAGCGUGGAUCUGCGCCGCAUCAUUGGUAAGAGCGACCGAGGCAAUGCUAUCAUAGAUCUACUUGAGCCUCCGGAGCUUUCCAUCUUGUCCAUCUCCCCAUUCCCCUCUACCCAUCAGCAGAUCACAAUGGCACCAACACCAGACUGGGUGAAGCAACUGAAGCCUUCGGGCCCACAGGGGUCUGAGCUGCUUGCCGCCGAACGCGGCCAGAGCGAUAUACACGUAGAGAAGCUACAGGAGCUGCUGCUCACGAAAGAUGUCAUUGAGAGGAGGAAUAAGAUUCUCGACAUCCUCAAGUCAGAGCCGGUCUUUGACAAGUCCUCCAACUACUUCAAUGGCCGUAUGGAACGCUUUGAGCGAGCCCUCGCCCGGGAGAAGAAGCUCCAGCUCUUGCGACGAAAGCACAACUGGACUACAGACGAACUCCGGACUGCAUCUGAAGCAGUCGGAGAACCUGGACCAUAUGCACUUCAUGAGAGCAUGUUCAAGAUCACCAUUGGCGAGCAAGGUACACCAGAACAACAGGAGAAGUUCCUGAAGCCUGCUACAGACUACAAGAUUAUUGGUUGCUACGCCCAGACAGAACUUGGACACGGAUCCAACGUCCGUGGGCUUGAGACGACUGCCACCUGGAAUCCUGAGGACAAGACUUUCACCAUCCACUCGCCGCAUCUCACCGCUUCCAAAUGGUGGAUCGGAUCCCUGGGGCGAACUGCCAACUUCGCUUGUGUCAUGGCACAGCUCUACAUUGGCGGCAAGAGCUUUGGUCCUCAUCCGUUCAUUGUUCAGGUCCGUGACCUGAAGACACAUCAGCCGCUUGAGAACAUUCAUGUGGGUGACAUCGGACCCAAGUUCGGCUACAACACCAUGGACAAUGGCUUUCUGCUCUUCAACAAGGUCAAGGUGCCGCACUUCAACAUGCUGGGUCGCUUCUCCAGGAUUGACCCGCAGACCAACAAAUAUGUUCGCCAGGGUAGCCCUUCGCUUAUCUACGGAACUCUCACGUGGGUUCGCUCUAACAUCGUCAUGCAAGCUGGUUCUGUUCUUGCUCGCGGUGUAACAAUCGCAACCCGCUACUGUGCGGUCAGACGCCAAUUCCAGGACCGUGAUGCCCCUCCAGGCGAGAAGGGCGAGAACCCCGUCCUCAACUACACGAUGGUCCAGAUCCGCCUACUUCCGCUCCUCGCUGCCACCUUCGCUUUGCACUUCACUGGAAAGGGUAUGAUGCAUAUGUAUCAAGAGAACCAAAAGCGGAUGAACGGGAGCGGCAAGGGUCGCGAGUCGGAAACGAGAGGAGCUGGGCCUGAAGAGACACAGGCAGGUAGCGAUAUCCUUGCGGAUUUGCAUGCUACUUCCUGCGGACUCAAGUCUCUAUCAAGCAGCAUUGCUGCUGAGGGUCUUGAAGUUUGCCGCCGAGCUUGUGGUGGUCACGGAUACUCCAGCUUCAGUGGUAUCGGCUCAUGGUACGCUGAUUACUUGCCCACCGUUACAUGGGAGGGCGACAACUUCAUGUUGACUCAACAAGUGGCCCGUUAUCUCCUGAAGUCUGCCCGCUCCGUCCUCUCUGGUGCGAAGCCAUCCAACGAGACUACCAGGAUCUUGUCCGACUUCCGUUCUCGCUCUGAGAUCGGGUGUGCGUUCGAUAUCCUGGGCUCUGACGAAGACCUCGUCUCCGCCUUUGCCUGGCGCGCCUCGUUCCUCACCUUCGAAGCCCUCAAGCACCGUGACGACAAUAAGAAGCCCUGGAACGAUCUCCUAGUCGACUUCUACCGCCUUUCCAAAGCCCAUUCGCAGUAUCUGGUGGUUAGAAACUUUUACGACGCCCUCAAGCACGGUAACAUUGGCAGGGAGGUUGACGCCACAACUCAUGAUGUCCUCUGGAAGCUAUUCCGUCUCUGGGCGCUGCACACCCUCGAGCAGGAAGGCUCCGAAUUCUUCGCCUCUGGAGCGGCAUCCCGCCACCAGAUCAGCCUGGCCAGGACGAACGCCGUGAUGAAGCUAUUGAAGGAGAUCAGGCCGCACGCGGUGAGCUUGGUGGAUGGUUGGGGUUUCGAUGACUGGGUAUUGGAUUCGUCGCUUGGACGCUUCGAUGGCAAGGUUUAUGAGGAUAUGUUCCACCGGGCGAGCGAGUUGAAUCCGUUGAACGGGGUGACUGUGGACCCGUAUCCUGAGAACGAAGUGUUGUUCAAGAAGGUGGAGCCUUUGGCAAAGAGCAAGUUGUAAAGGCAAGUGGGUCGUGUUGAGACGAAGGGCGACAAUGACGGCAAGACUGGAGCAUACACAGUAGAUUGUACUAUAUGGCCCAAAACCAUUGCAUUUAGAAUUAUUAGAUUUAGGCAG